AUGUUCUUCGAUUUGUGCAUUGGGUCCAGGCCAGCAGGUGCAUUCCUAUAUCAGUACUCAACGAGAUCUCAUGGUAAAGUCAAUGGGGGAAAUGCCUUAAUCAACAUGCAUGUCAAGUGUAGACAUUUGGGUAUGGCUAUUUCAGUUUUUAAGGCCCUUGAGUACAAAUAUAUCAUUUUAUGGACUGCUCUAAUAAGUGGCAUGGCCAUGAAUGGCCAUGGCAUCCAUGUAUUACAGCUCUUUUCCAGUAUGCUAGUCAAUGAGAUUUCUCCUGAUGGUGUAACCUUCCUUGGGUUGUUAACAGCAUGCAGUCAUGCUGGCUUGGUAAAUCAAGGGCUUAUGUUCUUCAAUGCUAUGAAUAAAAUUUACCAGAUUGUUCCUGAAACACAGCAUUAUGCGUGUCUGGUCGAUAUGUAUGGUCGAGCUGGGCUCUUAGAGGAAGUAGAGGCUUUUAUUAAAGAAAUGCCAACGGAAUCUGAUGGUCCAGUUUGGGGAGCACUGCUUAAUGCGUGCAAAAUUCAUGGGAACAAGGAGAUGGUUGAGAGGAGCAGGGAAGGCCCCUGCAAUAGUGCACAAGUGAGCACUGGAACAUAUGCGCUGUUAUUGUUAUAA